AUGUACAUCCCCAGCGGGCUGCUACCAAAAUGGAUGUUGCUGGUAUCAGCAAUUUCUGUGUUCAAUUCUGCUCAAUGCUACUACGGGGAUCUGACGUUAUCCCGCAGAGUGUACGAGCGUGAUCCGAAACAGGUGACGCCCCUAUCGAACCGCACGUUCGGCACGUGGACGCUCUUGGUUGCCAUUGUUCGCUUUUAUGCAGCAUACAACCUGUCCAACCCGGCCUUCUACAACUUGGCACUCAGCACGUACGUGUUGGCCGGCUUCCAUUUCGUGUCCGAGUGGCUGGUGUUCCGCACCGCGAAACUCGGCAAAGGUCUUGCCGGUCCGUUGAUUGUGGCGAGCACGACGACGAUUUGGAUGCUGCUGGUCCGGGGCAGUUAUUAA